AUGCUGUUCGAGUCGGUCCAGUGUGGCGACCUGGACAAGGUGCGCCACCUGUUGGACGGUGGGGCCGACAUUAACGCCCGGGACGACAAGUUCUUCAACACGGCGCUCCACCGGUCCGUGUUCGCCCGCCGGCACCGGGCCGAGCUGAUCGAGCUGCUGGUGGCACGGGGCGCCGACUGCAACGCGCUCAACAAGAAGCGCCUGACCGCGUCGGAGCUGGCGCUCGAGAACAACCUGGAGGAGGUGGCGAAGCACCUGAUCCGCUGCGAAACGGAGCACCUGGAUGACCACCUCGCGUACUACCUGCUGAUCCGGCGCGGCAACCUGCAGCUGUUCGAGUAUCUGAUUUCGCUGAAGCGGCUCCGGUACGAGGACGAGAUACUGAUCAUCGCCAAGGCGUACGGCGAGCUGCGGCUGAAGAAUGUCCCGCUCAACGAACCGAUGGAAUCGUACCUGAACGAGAUUCUCAUCAACCACGACUACUGGCUGCGGAACGAUGCUGCGGAGGCUGCCGGUCCUGCCGGGCAGGGCAAACGGAAGCGCCAGGAUGCGCGCGGCCAGACCGUCCGCCGGCGGCUGGAGGCGAUCGUGUCGGACGUGCAGGAACUGUGCGGCAGCUACGACAGCCACAACCUUAUGGACGUCGAUAGCCUGUUCCUGCUGCGGCUGUCCCACAUCCUGGAGAACAUCUUCUUCGUGCGGAACCACUACAAGCAGCUGCCGCUGCACCACAUGGAAUUCUGUAUCGCAAUAUUUCUGCACAUCUGGAAAGACCCACCACGGUACGACAUCUACAAAAUGUUGGUCGACAAGCGCAAGCUGAUGCUCUACCUAGGAGCGAUUGCCAACGAGCUGCAGAAGAUCCUGGCACGACACGCACCAGCAACGCCUUCCCGUGAUCCGCCCGCCGGCCAGUGCUCCGUUCCUUCCGAUGCUGACACCGAGUCGAGACUCGAACAGAGCUCAGCCUCGCAUCCGUCGCCCUGUUCGAAAGUGCGCCCUCGAAAGUUCCAGUGGACGAGCGAACGCAAUCGUGAGCUAAUGUUCUGCCAUUACGUGGUCAUGGGCAGCAACGUCGUGCCCGAGAACAGCAGCAACUAUCGGGCACGACUGCACGAACUGUGGACGGAGCGGCAACGGGCACGGGACACCGACGACCCCAACCGGGUUGCGGUAGAACUGAGUGUACAGAACCUGCUCACACAGCAACGCAAGAUCGUACGUGACCACCUCCUGCCGGAGGAAGUCCGAAGGCAGGUCGAAGCGGAAGCGAUCAGCUACCGGUGCUACGUGCUACGUACCAAUCAGCCCAAAGUGUCGGACCGAAACCGGAAGCUGUUUCGCAAGAUGGCCAAAAGCUACCGUCGGAUGCGAGAGCUGCACGCCAUCAACCGAGCUCUCGGGUACAUCGGUUCGGUAACGGACUUUGACUGGAGCAACGAUCGUGAGAUCAAGACGAUCGCCAUGAAGCGGGUAGUGCAGGUGAUAUGCGAAACCCUCCGCCACGGGCGCGAUACGCCCGUGCUGGCGAAGCACAUGGAAAGCUUCGUCAACGUGCUGACACCGCAGCGGAUACUGGCCGAUGCCCGGAUCCGGGAUGUCCUUUCACACUAUCGACGCGGCACGGACCUACUGCCACUGUUGGCCGGUGGGAACGUAUCCAGCGCCCAGGAACGACAGGACGUGCAUCUAAGCGACGAUCUACUGGACUACGAGGAGCUACACCGCAACCUGCGGAUCCUGCACAACCUCUUCCGGUACGCCCAGAACCUGCAGCACGUGCUGGCGAUCAAAACCCUGAUCAACCGCCUGUACGACAGCAAGAGCUUGGAGGAGAUCAAGUCCUACUACGCGUACCUUUUCCGUCACAACUCACCGACCGGUGACUGCCACCGGCAGGACCUGGACGUGGCCCCGUUUGCCCUGCUCGAGAUCAACGCGCUGCUCGAUGCGAUCGCCGAGGAGUACCGGAGCAGCGAUCUGCCCGUAAGUGAGCGGUUCAGUACGCUGCGAUCUCGUGUCCUGAAGGAGAUCGACAGCUACCGGGUGCUCCACCAGCAGCUCAGCAACACGCUCCUGAUGGUGGACUGUCUCCUGUCGAAGAUCAAAUCGAAUCACAGCUACGAGAAAAUACGGCACACGUUUCGCUCGCACCUGCGGGUGCUCCAGCGGAACCGCAAUGUCGACCGGGAGUUUUUGGUCCAGCUCCGGAACACGUUGCUGGUGUACCUGUACGACGAGCUUCCCGCGCUACGGCACCGGUCUGCGCUCGAGCUGCGGUUGGCCUUGCUGGUGGCCCGAGUGCUUUACGUGCUCGAUCGGAGCCUCGCGAGAAGUCCGCCGGCGGACGACCUGCGCCUCACGGUGCAGCUCACGUCCAGUGGUAGCUCGCUGCUCAAGCGCCUAGAGGGCGCCACCGGACGCCAGUUACCGUUUCUAGUCAAUGAUGCCCUGUUCCGGAAGGUGCGCGACAAUCCCGACCGCCGGUUCGAGCUCCUGCGGCAGCUGCUCCGGAGGCACCGGAUCCUGCACAAGCCCAACCUACUGGCCGAUCUGCGGCGCGAGGAGGAGCGCGAGACGGAGGAGAAGGUGGCCCAGCUGCAGAAGCUGUUCCUCGACCAGAACAUGAACAUGCGCGCCUUCGACCGGACGGACGAGAUCGCGUUCGAGAUGCUGAUGCUCGAGGCGACCACGGCCCUGUCCGGCCGGUUGGCCGACAACCGGGAGAGCCUCUGCAACUACGUCCCGGUGCUGACGGGGCGCAACCUGCGCAACUACCUCGCCCACGGCCACCCCACGUACGAGGUGCUGAUUCCGAACACGGGACCCAAGACGAUCCUGCUGAACGCGCUCAGCGUGAUCAAGCUGUCGAAGAACAUCAUCUCGGAGAUCUACGAUCGGCACUGUUGGAGCUUCGCGGACCGCGUGGCCGUGGUCAGACACCAGCACGAGGUGAUGGAGGGGUUCCGCUAUCAGAGCUGCGGCGAGAUUCGGGACACGAUCCGGAAGGAGGCGCACCUGCUCGGCCAGAGCCACCUUGGGCACGGUAUCGUCGAUCAGCUCGUGCAGCACCAGAGCUGCAUGCUGCUCGGUCACCUGCUCGACUUUGGCCGGGUGGACGAGUUCCUGAAGCCCCUCUCGCACCUGAUGGAGAGCAGCGUCCGGGUCAUACCUUGCGGUCGGCCGCUUCACACGAUCCUGGCUGAUCGCCGAGCGCGGACCGAAUUUUGCUACCACCUGGCGGUGCUGAGCAACGACGAGGACAUCCUGUCCAAGAUCGUGGCCGACUUCGGGUACGAGCAGAUCGACUCCAUCCCGUUGGUGUUCAACUUUGACCGGCUGUUUGCGAGCUUCCUCGAGACGCACCCGGACUACGAUGUGAACGCGGAAAGCAACACCGAGAUCCUGCACUACGCCGUCCAGUCGGGCAACGUGGAAAUGCUGAACCUGCUGCUCGACCAGUGCCACGAUCUGAACCAGCGGGACGUGUACGGUCAGACACCGCUCGAGGUGGCCUGCAAGCUGGCCAACAUCGAAAUGGUCAAGGCGCUCACCAAUGCCGGGGCCAAGUGGUACACGAACGGUGAGUACGGCUGCGCCCAGUACGCCUGGAUCUUCCUCAACAACGACCAGGAAGCGAUCGUGUUCCUCAAGAACAACGAUCUUCUGAGCGCCAAAAUUGCUAGCGCCUGUCUGGACCUGUUUCUGCAGUACUGCGACGACACGAACGAGGAGAUCGUCGAGUUUAUGCUGGCCAACAACGCGGCCGAGUAUGGCCGGCUCUACACCAAGGCGGCCACCUUCCGGCGGGUGCGUGCCCUUCAGUUCAUGCUCGAGACGGACCGCAAGCUCAAGGGCAACGUAAACCGGAAGGAUGGUAGCGUUGGACUGACGCCUCUCCAAAUCGCAGCCCGCCGUGGCUACGCGGACAUCGUAGAGCUGCUGCUGCGUCACGGCGCUAACGUGCAGGCUCGGGACACGAGCGGUCACAGUGUGCUCCACUUUGCCGUCGAGUCGAAGAGUGUUCCGAUCGUGCGGAUACUGUUGCGCCACGGAGCACAAGUCGGAGUGCCGGAUACGCACGGCGUAAGUCCGCUGGAGGUUGCCAUAGAGGCGGAACACCGAAAGCUAACGCGGCUGCUGCUCCGGAGCGGGCAGCCCAUCGGGAAGAUCUCACUGCCGGAGGUGCUCCGUAACCAGCGGCUGGUGGCCGAUCUGCUGAAAGUUAAGGAUGGGUUCGAGCGAUGCUGCCGGGUCCCUGCCGACGGCUUUGGGGACAGCUUUACGCCACUUCACCACGCAACGGACGAGCGAACGAUCGAGCGGCUCCAGCGACUGUACGGGAUCGAUGUGGCGAGUCCACGCUACGGCACGACGCCCCUACACUUGGCCAGUCUUUGUAACGACCAUCGACGGGUGAAGGCUCUGCUGCGACACGGUGCCAACCCGACGCUGGCCAACAGCGAAGGGAUGACUCCGUUGGUGCUGGCCGUGUGCAAUCGCAACGUGGCCAUCGUUCGGACGCUACUCAACCACAUCACCGACCGCGGUGCCGACGAGGAUCUGGACGAGGUCCUCGCGAUCGCCGUGCGCAAAAGUGCGCUCGACAUCGCGAACCUGUUGCUGCUGAAGGGCGCCGGGAUUGAGGUGAUCGGACGAACGCUGGCCGCACUGUCGCCGACCAAGUCGCAGCAUCAACCGCAGACCCAUCAGCUGAUCUUCUGUGCCGCCCGUGAAGGCUACAAUCGCAUCCUGGAGUAUCUGCUCGGUGCGGAACUCGACGUCGACGUGAAUAGUAAGGACACGAUUCACUCUGUCCCUCUGUUCCACGCACUCGCACGUGCUCCACUCGAAACGCUCGACAUUCUGCUGCGACACGGGGCCAACGUGGAGCACUGCAACAAGUUCGGCCACAAUGUCCUGUCGAUCGCCACCAUGAACUGCCGGGUGGACUUGUUGCGCUACUUCGUCAACAACUUCCCGCCGGUGGUGCGCUUUCUGCUGGCGGAGGAGUCGGACACGAAGAACCGAGUCCUGCAUCUGGCCGUGCUUCGCGGGGCUCUCGACAUUGUGCAGUACUGCGUGGGGUUGCACCGUGAGCACGGCUACACGCUGGACGCCCGGAACAAGGAGGGUUUUACGGCGCUCCACAUCAGCGCCCAAACGGGCGAUGAGGCGAUCUUCGGGUAUCUGCUCAGCCACGGCGCCAACCCGACCGUCAGCUCCGCCAACGGGCAGUCGAUCCUGCACACUGCCAUCUGCAACCGGAAUCUCAACAUCGUUAGGGCGAUCGUGACCGGUGGUGUCCUACCGCUCGAUCGGGAUCUGGUCGAUCGGGACGGACGCUCACCGUUGCACUACGCCGUAUUCUCCCGGAACGCGUGCGUUGUCCGGGAGGUGCUCAAGUUCCCGGCGCUACCGCUGAACCACGCCGAUGUACGUGGCAACACGGCGUUACACACGGCCGCCGAGUUCCAGUACGUCGAGCUGUACAAUCUCCUGCAGAAACGCAUCGAUAAUGAGCUGCGGAACGCCAACGGGAAGCGCGCCAUCGAUAUCUUGCUGCGCAAGUAG